AUGAUUGAUGGAGUAGAUAUAGCUACUGUACCUCUUAAUAUACUAAGAAAGAAGAUAUGCAUUUUACCACAAGAAGCCACUCUAUUCAGUGGUACAAUAAGGGAGAAUUUGGACCCGAAAGAAAAGAAGAGUGACGAGGAGAUGAAAAGUGUACUUCAGUUGGUGAAUUCUUCAUACACAUUAGACGAUGCGGUCAUUGACGGAGGUGAUAAUUUCUCUCUUGGAGAAAAACAGUUGAUUUGCAUUGCACGUGCACUUUUAAAAGGUUCUAAAAUAUUAAUUAUGGACGAGGCAACUGCUAACAUCGAUAUACAAACAGAUAAAGUUAUUCAAGAAAUGGUGAGAAAGAAUUUUGACAAUGUUACUGUUGUUACUGUGGCACAUAGACUCCAGACUAUAAUGGAUGCAAACAAAGUGUUUGUCUUUGAUAAAGGAAGACUUGCAGAGAACGGACAACCACUUUCUUUGAUCAAAACAGAAAGUUCAAUAUUCAAUAAACUUGUCCAACAAUCUGGUUGUGCAGAAGAGCUCAGAAGAAUGGCUAAGAAGAAAACACUUAUUAUGUCAAGUUCUUCAUCUAAAUCGAAGUCUAACUCGAGUUCAAACUCGGAGGAACAAAACAAAACUCCAACACCUAAAGUAGAAGUUAAUUUGUUGACAAGCCAAGAUUCAAAUAGAGCUUCUCCAAUUGUUUUCCAAAAAACUGCAGACAGAGAAAACAGCAAACAAAAGUUAUUGGCUUCACCAAAGAUUGGAGACAAAGCGAGUUCAGAAUCUUCCUCAGACUGA